AUGACAGAUAAGAUGAGCACUAAGCAAUAUGCCGGGGAGCCUAUAAAGUGCUCUAAAGACACUCGUGAGUACUCUGCUUUAGUUGAAAAUUACUGUUUCAUCACUUCCACCUACACUGUCAAGACAGCCUUGAAUAAAACGGUCUUGGAAGGCGCUCCCCAUCCCGGCAUAUACCCUUCUCAAGAUGAGAAAGAUCACCGAUACCAUCGAUACUAUCAAUGGGUUGGAUUCAUUCUUUUCAUUCAAGCUGUAUUCUUUUAUGCACCACAUUGGUUAUGGAAGAUGUUUGAAGGUGGUAAACUGUCCUCUUUGUUAGAACGAGAUACAAGGUACCUACCAAGAGAAGAACAGAUAAAAUCCAGAGAUCUCAUCAUACAGCAUCUUCGAUCUAGAUGGACAAAGGACAAUCUUUUCAUUGUCAAAUACCUUGCAUGCGAAAUCUGGUGUUUCUUCAAUAUCUUUGGGCAGAUGGCGUUUUUGAAUGGCGUAUUCGAUAACGAAUUCUUUAGUUUUGGAUUUGAAGUAAUGAGCUAUUAUCAAAAGAAUUCAGCACCUGGAACAGAUCCUAUGUUGAGGAUGUUUCCUAGGAUCACUAGUUGUACUUACCGAUAUUUUGGUGAAGGUGGCAAGAUUCGCAGCGAGUCUGUUCUCUGCGUUCUCGCCGUUAAUGUGAUGAACGAGAAAAUAUUCCUUUUUCUCUGGUUCUGGUUUAUGGCUUUAAGCAUCGUUACUUUCUGUGCAUUGAUCUUCAAAGUGGUGGUUUUCUCUGUUCCUUCGCUGAGGCUAUCUUUACUAUGUAUACGUUUUCCUUGCAUUCGAGAAGAUGAUUUUAAAGUUAUUGUUGAGACUGGAAACUUGAGUAACUAUCUGUUUAUAACUCUCUUAGGACAAAAUAUGGACGAGUCAAGCUUUUUGGAAGUUAUUGAGUAUUUUGUCACUAUUCAGAGGGGUAAACUGAACUGA